AGUUAAUACUAGGCAAGUUUUUCCAUCUUUAUUUCCGUUGGGGAAUAAGUAAAGGUCCAUGUUCAUUUUUAUGGCAACUGAUGAGGUUUACUAUGCUCCAACUCCUGAAAAACUUGAGAUCUCACUCCGAGGGAAAAGAGAUUACCGAUGCUGACAUUCUAAACUGGGCAAACAAUAAAGUGAAGAAGGCAGAUAGAACCUCUCAAAUGGAGAGCUUCAAGGAUAAGAAACUUUCAACCGGGGUUUUCUUCCUUGAGCUGCUUAGCGCGGUGGAGCCAAGGGUGGUUAACUGGAGUCUUGUUACAAAAGGAGAAAAUGAGGAGGAUAAGAAGUUAAAUGCAACCUAUAUAAUCAGUGUUGCUCGGAAGCUUGGGUGCUCUAUUUUCUUGUUACCGGAGGACAUUAUAGAGGUAAACCAGAAGAUGAUCCUCAUUUUGACUGCCAGCAUCAUGUACUGGAGCCUGCAACAAGGGGAGCCAGAAUCACCCCCUGCUGAAGAUAGUGGCAUUCCUGAUGGCGAGAGUGAGACAGUCCUGUCUGGUGAAGGAAACGAAGAAAACGAAUCUUGAUAAAGAAUGAACCAAAGAAAAAGUUCUUUUAAUUCUUUUUUCUUUUUCUUAAAUCUUCAGUCUUAUUUUCAAUAGAAAAGAAAUGACAGGAGAUUUAACUACAGAUAGCAGAUAUUCAGCCGCUCUUUAUGCAAGCAGAGCUCAUUCUUAAGUGCUUGUAAACUACAGAAAAGUCCUGUAAAUUUUCCUUUUUGUAAUUAGAUUUUUUGCUGAUAGGUUUAUUGAUUUGACAAAAAAAAUCAUUGAUUAUGCUGAAUAAUGUGAUCUGGGGAGGUCGGGAUGGAGAGAGUUUUUUACUUCCAUCCUUAGAAACAGAUUAUUCGACAUAUACAAAACCUUUUGUUCUUGUAAAGGUGGAGUUUCUUUCUUCUGGUUAGGAAUACUACCGGGUUCAUCCGUGUCAUUGUCAAUUAUCAAA